CCAGAACCUCUCCGGAAAAAGACACCACGUCUAUUGAUUGAUUGUUGACCGGAUGGCAUUUCGUCGCCAGGCAUAAAUAUCCAUUACUUUUCCUUAAUUGUGCCAUUCCGACAACAUCACAGUUUUAUCGCCAGGCGACAUAAUCUACUUUCGCAUUGUCCAAGCGUUCUGUUUAAUCGAUCGGUCCCGUCUCGCCUCUCCGUCGCGGGAUUGAGUUCCCUCACGACACCUGCGCCGACAUCCAGAACGAACCUUAUCAUCCUAGAUUCCGACAAAAUAAGACGAAAAACACCCAGCGAAAGCAACCAUGUCCGCAUCGACAUCGGGUUUCGACAGCGGGAAUGCUAAAUCUCGGCAACACAACCAGGGCAAUCAAGAUCGCAAAUACACGCCAGAACAGGAAGCAGCCGUGAUUCGGAUACGGAAAUGCACUUCAACCGCUUAUUACGAGAUCUUAUCGCUGGAAAAGACUGCUACAGAUGGCGAGAUCAAGAAGGCAUAUCGGAAACAGAGUCUGUUGACACAUCCGGAUAAGAAUGGGUAUGAGGGCGCAGACGAGGCGUUCAAACUGGUGUCGCGUGCUUUCCAGGUUCUAUCCGAUUCGGACAAGAAGUCCCGGUACGAUAAGUUUGGAGGAGACCCCGACAGCAGGUUCAACCCUGGCGCUGCUGGAGCAUCAGCUGGCGAGUCGCCUUUCAGCGGCGGUGGAUUCGGUGGCUUUGGAGGUGGCUUCCCACGGUCUCGUGGUCCGAUGUUCGAGGAGGAGAUCUCACCAGAGGAGCUAUUCAACCGCUUCUUCGGCGGCGGGUUUGGUGGAAUGGGAGGUGGUCCGCAGUUUGUCUUCAACAUGGGAGGAGGUCCUGGAGUCCGCGUCCACCAAUUCGGUGGCCCACGGCCACGGAGAAGGCCACGCGAAGCCACCGAACCGGAGGCGGUUCCUUCGGCCUGGGCGAUGUUCCAGCAGCUUUUACCUCUCAUCCUUCUCUUCGUACUUCCUCUCCUCUCAUCGCUCUUCUCCUCUUCCUCGUCAACCCCAUCUGGUCCGUCGUAUCGCUUUGACACCGCCGUACCUCCUCACACCAUGCACCGAAUGACCCCGAAACUUAAUAUCGACUACUUUGUUAACCCGGGCGAUGUGAAUGACUACAACGCGCGGAAGUUCCGACAGUUAGAUCAACGUGUGGAAGUAGAAUAUGUCACCAAACUGCGCUACGAAUGCCAAAACGAAGUCAAUGUGCGUGAGCGCAUGAUCCAGGAUGCCCAGGGAUGGUUCUUCCCAGAUGUCGAGAAGAUGAGGGCGGCGCGAUCUCUGGAGUUGAAGAGCUGCCAACGGCUGGAUUCUUUGAAGAAGAAGUAUUAAGGAAGUUAGCAUAUAUUCUGCUUGCCUGCAUACAGAGAUGGCUCAUUCCUAUAAUUAAUUUUGUCUCGGCUGUUCCUUUUGGCUCUCAUGCUCCUUAUAUGUCAAUAGCGCGUGAUGUUUGGCCGGCGUCUAUGGGAUUAUGUGUGAUUAUUGAACUUUCAUGAGCAUCCUUCCUAUAUUCUAUUAGCAAUGAACUAAUAUGCCUCUGCA